GAGAGGCUGUGCUGUCCGUACUGCUGUCCGUGCUGCUGUCCGUGCUGCUGGCUGGAGGUGUGUCGGUUGUGGGUGUUCCUCUCCAGGCCUGCAGGGGGCGGUGCUGGUGGUGGUGGUGGAUUACCAUGAGAGGAAGAAAGAGCCAAACCAUGUGAGCAACACCAGCAGUGGAAAAACAUGGCGAUGCCCGUUAGUGCAGCUCGUCUCUGUCUCUGCCUGGCGGGACGGACCGCCACCUCCCUGGCAGCCGGACCCAGGCGGGCUGUCAGCCUGCCAGCGAGGAGAUGCUACAUAUCCACCUCGACCGGGAACCAUCUUCAGUUCAGGCUUGAUGAGCGAACAGCUCACAGCAGUCUGGACCUCUUCAAGAAAGACACUGGCGUCAUCUACCGCAUGCUGGGUCUGGACCCCAGCCACCUGCAGGACAACCCUAAUCGCUUCCGAGACUGGGCCGUCGUGUUCGGCGAUGAGAAGAUCGGCAGCGGGCGGCACUACUGGGAGGUGACGGUCAAAAAGUCUCAAGAGUUUCGUCUGGGUGUGGCCGAGGCACUGAUGUCCCGAGAGGACUGCGUGGGCACCAACAGCUCCUCCUGGGUGUUCGGCUACGCUCAGCGCAAGUGGUUCGCCAUGACCAGCAAUAAGAUAGUUCCUGUGACGCUGGUGGGGAAGCCGGACCGCGUAGGCAUCCUGCUUGACUACGACGCUGGCCUUCUGGGGCUGGUGGACGUUGAACACCACACGAUCAUUCACACCAUCAGGGUCCAGUUCAAGGCUCCCCUCUGCCCUGCGUUUGGACUUUGGGACGGGGAGCUGCUCACACACUCUGGUCUGGAGGAGCCCGAAGGCCUGAAGUGAAGCGGGAGGAACCGCGGUGGGGAUGAUUGUGACUGCUGUGAAGGGCCACAGGCUUUGGGUUUGGUACCGUGGCAACAUUUAUUACCAGGAAAGAAAGCAAUAUCUCUGUGCAAAUCAAAUCAGUUGCAUGUGAUGGUUAAUUCUGGUCCAACUGGUUCAUAGUCAUGACUCUUAACAAUGCAAGUUCAUACUUUGUGUAUGUUGUCCAGCCUCAGGCAGCCAUACCACAGACACUGUAUAUAUAUAUAUCUGUGUGUGUGUGUGUGUGUGUGUGUGUACCUCAUGUAUUACCUCUCAGACUGAAGACAGAAUGGAUGUGAAAAGGAUGCGUGGUUGUUUUUUGAGGGGAACAUUAACUGCCAAGUUGUCAGUUUACACUGUCUUCUGUCAUUACCCACACAGCUGAAAUCAACACAAAGCCUUUUUUUCAUGUUCAUACUGUAUAUUGUUUAAUAAAAUAACUUCACUGAAA